UCCUCCUGCUCAUUGGUACCAGAUGAGGAUAGAGAAAUCAGAGAGAGGGAUAGUACGGGUGUGUGUGAUUACAAGUAGCUUUUAACAGGGACAAGCUAGCUGUUGCCUGCAAGCUUUCCUUCUUCUUUUUUCCCCCUCUCGACGAUCUCUCUCUCAUCAGGACCCCGGCCUUAAGUUGUUUCUUCCCUAUCAGCUCAGGUCUCUCUCGAUCUCUCCUAGCUAGAUAGAUAGCUUAAUUAGCAGCUAGAGAUGUGUCUCUAGCUAAGCUAACUAGCUAGUAGGCUUCUUCUUUUAAUCCGGCAUUGUUCUUGGCUGCUGGUCUUAGUUUUUGGCUGUCAUGUAUGGAGUUAGUGGUAAAAUACUAGGUUAAUUAAUAAUAUAAGGCGUGUGUAUAUAUUGGUGUGGAGGAGGAGGAGAAAGGGGGUUGGCCGGAGAGAUCGAUGACGUGGUGCAACAGCUUCAGCGACGUCCGCACCGCCGUGGACAGCAGCUUGUCGCCGGCCGCCGCCGUGGCCGCCGCCGCGGGGAAGAAGGCGGCGGCGUCGCUCGCCGUCCUCGUCAAGAUGUGCCCCUCCUGCGGCCACCGCGCGCGGUAUGAACAGGAGACGACGACGAUCCAGGACCUGCCGGGGCUGCCGGCCGGAGUGAAGUUCGAUCCGACGGACCAGGAGCUUCUUGAGCAUUUGGAAGGGAAGGCGAGGCCGGACUCGAGGAAGCUCCACCCUCUCGUCGACGAGUUCAUCCCCACCAUCGAGGGCGAGAAUGGCAUCUGCUACACCCAUCCCGAGAGGCUUCCCGGUGUGAGCAAGGACGGGCUGGUGAGGCACUUCUUCCACCGGCCGUCGAAGGCGUACACGACGGGGACGAGGAAGCGGCGGAAGGUGCACAGCGACGAGGUCGACGGCGGCGAGACGCGGUGGCACAAGACCGGCAAGACGAGACCGGUGAUGGCCAACGGCCGGCCCAGGGGCUACAAGAAGAUCCUCGUCCUCUACACCAACUACGGCAAGCAGCGCAAGCCGGAGAAGACCAACUGGGUGAUGCACCAGUACCACCUCGGCUCCGACGAGGAGGAGCGGGACGGCGAGCUCGUCGUCUCCAAGGUCUUCUUCCAGACGCAGCCCAGGCAGUGCGGCUCCACCGCCGCCGCCGCCGCCGCCAAGGAGGCCUCCGCCGCCGUCGCCGCCGCCGUGGUGAACAGCAACUACUCCAUCGUCCAUGGCCAUCAAGGUGGUGGUGGUGGUAGCUUUCUCAAGGAGGCAAACGUUGUGCACGAGUUCUACGACCCGGCAGCAACGAUGGGUUACCGGCCACCUGCUCCUGCUGCGCACUUCGCGCCAAACUUCGCGGUGCACGCGGCAAGGAACAGCUUUGGUGGCCCUUGAAGGAAAAACCAAAAUUACACAAAAUCUAAACAUUACCGUUUAUACCGAUAUGAUUCACAUAGGUGCCAUUAUAUUACAUUCUUAACCUUACAUUCAUCCAUCAGUUAUUUGCAGUUUUGUUCAAAGUUGUUAUAUCGUUUCCGAUGCUAUACUGUGCAAAGAUUAUUACUACACGCCGUUCUAACUCGAAAAUGUCAAUUAAUGUAUCAGUUUGUACAUGUAUACAUGCACACGGAAGAGGUCCUGAUGAUGCAUCA